AUGGGGGAUAACCCUCCACACACACAUCCUCGAGCUACUGAAAUUUUAACUGUAGUAGAAGGCCUCCUUGAAGUAGGGUUUGUCACUUCUAAUCCAGAAAACUGUCUCAUAACAAAAGUGCUUCAGAAAGGUGACGUAUUUGUCUUCCCAGUGGGUCUCAUCCACUUCCAGCGCAAUGUUGGAUACUGUGAUACAGUUGCUAUUGCAGCCCUCAAUAGCCAAAAUCCUGGAGUUAUUACUGUUGCAAAUACCGUCUUUGGAUCAAAGGCUGAUAUCUCUAGCGAUCUUUUAG